GAAGUGGCGGGGAGACGGACCCGAGAAGGGCGGGGAGACGUUACGUUGACGCAGGCGUGGCCCUGCCCAAUAGGAUUUGGCGGGAUUUCCGAAGGCGGCAGACGGAGUGGGCGCUGCCGCCUGAGACCGCGGCCUGAAGAGAGCUGAGACGCGCCCCAGGAGCGCAGUUAGGAGCUGAAAGUCGCCUGGGUUUCGUGCAGAAGGCCGGAGCAAGGGCGUAGAGAAGUGGGGUGCAGGUGAGGGGGUCUGCAGUCCGUCCGGGGUCGGGCGCGCGCGGGUCCGGCGGACUGUAGUCGGAACGCGCAGCCCGCCCGGGCGAGUUACGCUGCAGGCUGAGGUGAGUGUGAGGCGCAGACCUGGCCCCUUCCCACCGCGUAAGCCGGACCCGAACCCGUACCCGGACCCAGACUUGGGCCCCAGCUCCCUUAGCGGGCUUAGGGGCCCCUCCAUGCCAAGUAAAAAACUCGGAUAUGGCGGGGCGGGGCGGAGCAGGGUUGUGCCCGGGCUAGUCCGACCCUCGGAGCUCAUUGUGGCGAAAAUAGAAGCGCAUUCUAGAGCUGGGAGGAACCUUACUGGCCUUCACUUGCAACAUCCACUUUAUGGGCGUGGGCGAGGAAGCCCAAGAUCCAGAGAGGUGUAGUGACUUAAAAGUCACAGCUCUUAAGCCAGAGCCGGAUUUCUGUAUUGAACACUAAGUAAUGGCUAUGCAGAUGCAGCUUGAAGCAAAUGCAGAUACUUCAGUGGAAGAAGAGAGCUUUGGCCCACAACCUAUUUCUCGAUUAGAGCAAUGUGGCAUACAUGCCAAUGAUGUGAAGAAAUUGGAAGAAGCUGGAUUCCAUACUGUGGAGGCUGUUGCCUAUGCACCAAAGAAGGAGCUAAUAAAUAUUAAGGGGAUUAGUGAAGCCAAAGCUGAUAAAAUUCUGACUGAGGCAGCUAAAUUAGUUCCAAUGGGUUUCACCACUGCAACUGAGUUCCACCAAAGGCGGUCUGAGAUCAUACAGAUUACUACCGGCUCCAAAGAGCUUGACAAACUACUUCAAGGAGGAAUUGAGACUGGAUCCAUCACAGAGAUGUUUGGAGAAUUCCGAACUGGGAAGACCCAGAUCUGUCAUACGUUGGCUGUAACAUGCCAGCUUCCCAUUGACCGAGGUGGAGGUGAAGGAAAGGCCAUGUACAUUGACACCGAGGGUACCUUUAGGCCAGAACGGCUGCUAGCAGUGGCUGAGAGAUAUGGCCUCUCUGGCAGUGAUGUCCUGGAUAAUGUAGCAUAUGCUCGAGGGUUCAACACAGACCACCAGACCCAGCUCCUUUAUCAAGCGUCAGCCAUGAUGGUAGAGUCCAGGUAUGCACUGCUAAUUGUAGACAGUGCCACCGCCCUCUACAGAACAGACUAUUCGGGUCGAGGUGAGCUUUCUGCCAGGCAGAUGCACUUGGCCAGGUUUCUGCGGAUGCUUCUGCGACUUGCUGAUGAGUUUGGUGUAGCAGUGGUAAUCACCAACCAGGUGGUAGCCCAAGUGGAUGGAGCAGCCAUGUUUGCUGCAGAUCCUAAAAAACCUAUUGGAGGAAAUAUCAUUGCUCAUGCCUCAACAACAAGACUGUACCUGAGAAAAGGAAGAGGGGAAACCAGAAUCUGCAAAAUCUAUGACUCUCCUUGUCUUCCUGAAGCUGAAGCUAUGUUUGCCAUCAAUGCGGAUGGAGUAGGGGAUGCCAAGGACUAAAUCGCUGGGUUUUUUCCUGUGAUAAACCUUAAGUGCUGCAGCCUAAUGGAGAGGACUGCUCCCUGAGGUUCUUCACAGGCCUCUUCCUGUUGUGACUGCCAGGAAAAGGCUUCCAGGAAAACAGCUAUUAUAUCGGCUUUUCUUACGGUGUAAACACGAGACAGGUCAGUAGUCACAAGCUGAUCUGAAAUGUUUAUUCCUUCUAGAGUAUAUUAAUCUCUAUGUGAAUUCUUUGGUUUGGGGGUGUAGGUAUGAAGUACCUUUGACAUCAUAGUGCCUUGGGGUUGACUCAGGACUAACUGCUAUUGGCCAAUCUUAUGUCUCUAAGAGAACUAAAACUGGAGAGACCUGGCUUCUCUCACUGUCUGAAUAAUGUUGGGGAGAAAUAUGCCUGAGCUAUGUGGCAAAGGGAGUGGGUCUCCUCGCAGGUUUUUUUUUUCUCUGCCAGUAAAACUCUUAAAUCAGAAGCAGGUAAAGUUUGUGUGUCUGAAUUAGCUUAUAUAAGAAUGUUUUUUUAGAUAAGGGUUAUUGAAUAGGCCUGCUGGGCUACCAGCCCUUCACCAUCUACUCUUUUUUAAUGCUAAGAGCAAUUCAAGAUAGUUCUGGAAUCUUAAACAUUUCGGAAGCUCUUCAAGUAAGUAGAUUCAAUGUGGGACUGCUAAUAAAGUAGUUAUUUGUAGUGAAUGUGCUGCUUGUAGGAGUUAUUCUGGUACAAGCUGAAUAUUUCAGGAUAGGGCCUUCGUAAUAUAGUUUUGGCUCUGGGUAGGGUGAUCAGUUUCUAUUGCUUUAAAAUUGAAAAUUUAAAAGGGAAGUCCCACAUUCAGAUGAUUCAUUUUAUACUCCUUUAACCUAAUAGAAGAUCUCACAAGAUGGCUACACCAUGGCUUUCCUGUGGCCUUUGUUUUUAUUCUUCAAGUUUUGUAUUGUAUAGGGCUGGUUCUUGCCCAGAUUAUUCUACUUCAGGGGUUUGAGAUACUCCUUCCCCUUCAAACUUCUACCCAGGAUGUGUUCUAACCAACUCUUCCAAUUUCAAAGGGCUUCUCGGCUAGUAUUAGGAGAGGCAGUGCAAAUCUCUGCUGUUGCCAGUGUUGAUCCUACUAUAUGUAGGGAGAUAGGAAGAUACAAUUUAAUGCAACUUUGUUUUAAAAACAGUUCUGUUCCCUGACUUUAUAGAACAGAGUACCUCCUAGGCCUUCUUUUGUUUCUACAUUACAGAACAAACCUGGGAUGAAAUAAUAAAGCCACAGUAACAGAUUCUGGAAUGGAAGCUUGGUUCUUAAAUAAAAGCAUCUCCAUCUUUUAGUCCUAUAAAGUAUUUAAGUGACCUUGACCUAAAAACUUCUCAAUUUUUCUUGUAGGAAGGAUUUUCUUUUCAGAUGGGAUUAGGCUUUGUGCUAUUGGCCCUGAGAGGGUCAGGGAACACCUGCUUAGUUGGACUAGGCCUUGUUAGGCUAAAAAUAAGCUCUUCUUAUGUUUUACAUUUAACUAAAAUUUUCUCUGGAAGUAUUAUUAACCAGAGAGCUCAUUCUAAA